UAGAAUGAGGUAAGAAUGCAUCUAGUCAGAGUUGUCCAGGCAGGGGUAUUAGCCACAUCGUAGUCUCCAUGCCUACACUACACUUUUAAAAAGGGAUUAAUUCACCCAAGCAUCACAGACUGGCUGGUGCACGGAUCUCCACGCUGCGCUUAUCUAGCUACUGGGAGAGCGAAACUUCAGUGAACUGUUUUAUGUUGAAAGGAAACGUUUAUUGAGAUGCCAUUGGGAAAACAUGCACCCUUUUUAAAUUGAAAUUAGAGAUGAGACAUUUGCAUCUGUUAUACUUUUUAGUCACAACUUUGACAAGUUCCUGAAUGGAGAAUAAGGCCAUGUACCUGAGUACAUACGAAGAGAGGGAGAACGGAUCCUUCUAUGAGGAGGCCUACGACGGCAGAAACCUAUCAAAGCUCAACCUGUGUGAAGACGCUGUUUCUGCCAAGAGGAGAAGAAAGCCAGACAAUUGCUGCAGCCACCUGAACUCCCUGUCUGCCAUCAAGUAUGCCAUCGUGUCUCUAUACAUCUUGGUACUCCUGAGCAUCUUUGGCCUCUGUUUAGCAGUGUCCAGGUCCCAGAUGUCCUCAGAGAAGCAGGAGGCACUGAUGGAGAACAUGACCCGUAUGGGGGACCGCUCUCGGGAGCUCCAGCAGUCCCUGGGUGACAUCUCCUCUCAGGCAGACCUCCUGGAGAACAUCUGGAAGCUGGAGAGCCUGUUCCAGAAUCACAGUGAGUCCUUAAAGCAGCUGGGCCGGGCAGUGAGCGGCCUGGAGAGGGAUAUCAGGGAUCUGCAAGGCCACUGCCAGUCGACAGACAACACCAUGGAGCAGCUGGGGGACCGUGUAUCCGUCCUGAACCGCUCCACCCAGAGGAACGUGAGUGGGCUCAGCAACCAGCUGGCCCAUGCCUCGGUCUCGCUGCACAACCACGACCUCCUGCUGAGGAGCACAGCAGACCAGGUGAACCAGCUCAAGGAUAGGCUGGAAGAGGUUGGCUGGACAAUCGGCUCAGUCAACCACACGUUCACCAGCGACAUCAGCGUCCAUCACCUAAAGAUCCAGGACCUGCAGGUGCAGAUCAGCAAUGCAAGCCAGGAUGCACGGUACAUGAGGGAGACACAAGUGCACAUGGAAGAGACACUGAAGAAUGAGGUAGAGAUCCUCAGCACCAUCACAGAGGACCUGAGGCUCAAGGACUGGGAGCACUCCAAUAUCCUCAAGAACAUCACCUCCCUAGAAGGGCCUCCAGGACCAAAAGGUGAGAAGGGCGAUGUUGGGCCACUUGGGGCCUCUGGUGUGGCAGGCCUCAUAGGGAUGAGAGGUUUUACAGGAGAAAAGGGCAUCCAGGGUCCAAGGGGACUAAAGGGCCCAAGCGGCCCUGACGGCCUACAGGGGGAGAAAGGGGAUAUGGGACCCGAAGGGCCCAAAGGUGACAGAGGAGACAGAGGACUGAAAGGCGAGAAGGGAGACCGAGGUGACCGUGGUGAAAAAACAGUGGACGAGACACUGGUGAGACUGGUGAAUGGAUCAGGCCCUCACGAGGGGAGAGUGGAGGUGUUCCAUGAGAGGCGUUGGGGAACGGUGUGUGACGACGUCUGGGACAAGAAGGACGGUGACGUGGUCUGCAGGAUGCUUGGCUACACAGGGGCCUUCGAGAUCCAUAAAACAGGCCGGUUUGGACAAGGUACUGGGCUCAUCUGGAUGGAUGAUGUGGCCUGUGUUGGGAAUGAGGACACCAUCCACCAGUGCAAGUUCUCAGGCUGGGGCAAGACUAACUGUGGGCACGUGGAGGAUGCGGGGGUGACAUGCAACACCUAACACCCACCAUUUUAACUCCCUCUGAGUUCAGUUCUAAACUGCAGAGUUAAAUUGCAGAUGACAGGCAGCGUGAGGUAGAGCAGAGGGGCUGCGUUCUGACGCCCUACACCUACUCACUGCUGUGGGCAACUGAUUUGACUUCAGACCCCUUUAGGGCCUCAUGGCCGACUUUGUCCAAGUAAAGUAGGUUUAACAAUAGCUGAACUAGAUUCAGUGCCUAUAAAGGACCAACUUAAAAAAUGGUCAGUCACAAAUGUUUGUCCAAUUGUUGACAGAUGACGCAAUUACAAAGAAAAGAAAGGGAACUAAUGCCAUUUGAAAUAGAUAUAUGGCUUGGCCCCAGUACGAUUGAUUGGUUUGUCUGUCGAUUUCAACAUUUCUGUCUGUGGAAGCAAGCAUUGUUUUUUUUAUCAUCAUGACUUAGAGUCUCUCUCUCUCUCUUUUUCAUUCUUCUCCCUUCAACUGACUAAUUUUGAUUAUGUUAGAGUGCAGCCAAAAAUGCCUCUUUCUUCAUCGACAAUUGCAGGGGCGGUUUGGAGACUAACGGUUGGUUUAUGUAUGGAAACCAGGACUAAAGUAAGACAAAUUACAGCCCUAGAUGGCUUUUUAUAUUUUGGGAACAUUUUUAUGAAAUGGUAAAACAUGCACAACGACUUGAGGUUUAUCACAGGAAAGGAAACAGGGAAAUAUAGAUUAUUGUGUGAAAUAAGCGAAACCAACCGCUGACGUAAUACACUUUCAAAUGUAAAUCAAGUGUUGCCAUGAGCAUGAUAUAUUUUAUCAUACAUUUCUGUAGAUGAGCCUAGACAAAUAUUGCUUUGGGAUAAGCAAAGAUAUGUGCUGAGGUCCUGAGGACUAGGUUUGAUAUACUCAGACACAAAUCUGGACUAUCUCUCAGUUUUUCAUUUGAAGCGUUGAAGCAGCUCCCCUUUAGACAUGGUCCUCACUUUUAUCCACUGAGGUUCAUAUUCAGACAAGUGCUAUUGAGGUAUUAUAGAGUGCUAUAGAGCAGUGGAGGUUGGUGGGAGGAGCUAUAGGAGGACGGGAAUGGUUGGAAUGGAAUAAAUGGAGCGGUAUCGAAGACGUCAAACAUAUGGAAACCACAUUUUUGACUCCAUUCCUUUAUGCCAUUCCAGCCAUUACAAUGAUCCCAUAGCUCCUCCCACCAGCCUCCAGUGCUAUAGAGUUUUCUGGUUCGAAUACCUGAGCCGACAAGGUCAAAAAUCUGUAGAUGUUCCCUUGAGCAAGGCACUUGACCCUAAUUUGCUCCAGGGGAGCCGUACUACUAUUGGGGAUCCUGUAAAACAACACAUUUCACUGCACCUAUCUGGUGUAUGUGACAACUGUCAAAGAUAACACCUUACCCUCUUUGUAUAUUUUCAUUCAGAUUGAUAAUUCUUCCCUCUUGGGAAAGAAACUAUAAAAAAUAUUUUCUAUUGGAUUUCUUCAGAAUUAUUUUCAUAGAAAGAAAUUAUUCUGGUUUUGUAGAAAUACAUAUUCCUGCAGUAUGUGAUCAUUACUAUUAUAAUCCACUCUCAAAUAUUCAACUAGGGUGCAGUUAGUCUGUGGACAUAGAGGUAAUUGUUGCAUGGAUCUUCAACUGUUCUGUAAAUUCAUCAGUCAUGCAAUGCCUUUUCAAGUACAAGGGAGCAGCCUGCACACAAUUUUGAUUUGUAUAACAGGGACCACAAACCCAAGUUCCACUUUAGGAACAUACUAUCAAAUACUAGGAUGCUAUAAUUGCCACAGUAUGUGAAGUCGAGAUUGGUUGAUUUAUUAUACCAUGGUACCCCUGUAACUCUAACCAACACUUUUAUUGGACAAGAUUUAAUAAGGACAUUUGAGGAGUGUAAAUAUCUGUUUAGCGAUUGUGCUGGUCAUAACACCCGGCCCACAUGAAAAAAUACUACAGUUUACUAUAGAAUACUACAGCACUUACUAUAAAAUUCUGCAGUAAACUGUAAUACUGUAAAAUACUAUACUACACACUGUAGCAUCCCUCGAUCAUGUGUGGUAGUACUUACUAGAGAACAUUGGAAUAUACCGUAGAAUACUAUAGUAAAUACUACAGUAUUAUCCGCAAAGAAAACACUGUAGUAAUUACAACAGUAAUGUCCGCAAAAACACUACAGUCGGCAAAAACUACACUUUUUAGAACUAUAUUAAAUACUACAAUAUUUAAUUAGCAUAUACCCUGCCAAUUCCCCUCGGUUGUCACUCGUUACCACAGCCGCAUAGUAUUUUAAGCCCCGCCUAUUUCUACAAUUUAUCUUCUUAAAAUGUGAUUUUAAACCUAACCGUAACUUUAACCCUAACCUUAAACACACUGCAAACCUUAUACCUACCAUACAUUUAGAUGAAGAAUACAUUUUUUCCCCAUACAUUUUUUUAAUGUUAUAGCCAAUUUAGACUUUGUGGGUAUGGUAACUAGUGGAGAACAUUCCUCUCCCCCAUAUUCCAAUUUGUCCACCCAUAAGUUAGCAACCUACAUGCCAAGUAUAGACCAUAUAUUGUGUUUCCCACAGAUUAUAGAAAAGAGCAGAAGUGCUGAAUUCUGUUUAGACCCCAGUCUCAACUACAUACAGAUAAUUGAAAACGUGAUCUUUUUAGUACUUGUCCAGUAGAUUUCCUCAAGGACAAAGCCUCCACUUAUGUCAAAUAUAAUAAAACAAAAACACUAUAGUAAGUACUACAGUAAUAUCUUAAACACUACAUUAAAAACUGUAGUAUAUACACUAGUUUUAUUUUACUACAAUAAUUAUACCAUAGUUGACUGUAAAUAUACAGUAUACCACAGUAAAUACUACAGUGAAUAUUACAGUAAAGUCUGCAAAACACUACAGUGAAUACUAUAGUAUUUAUACCAUAGUAUAGUAUUUUUUCAUGUAAUUUGAAAUGUUUAAAUACAGUGAAUAUGUGACAAUAUGUCAUGUGUUCAUUAGAUAAUACUUUGAAACUUGAUAUUUCUUGCUAUUAAAAAAAGAUAAUGUACUGUUGAAAGAAUAAAAUGGUAUUCAUUU